AUGUCUCUGCUCUUAGACCGCCUCCUGGCAACCUGCGACCUCGAAGAACUCAAUAAUAGGACACUUGUUGUAGUUUCACGGCUUGAUGAUUGUGAUAAUUUAGAUUCGAGCUCUCUCAUUGUCAAACAGAUCUUUGACGAUCUCUAUCCAUCUUUCAAACCUUUCGUUACAAAAUAUACCAAACGCAAAGAACUCAUUCACAAACAUGAUGCAGAAAUCGAUUCCUUUGAUGCUACUAGAACUGUUUCUGUCUCUGCUUUGAAUCAUGUCAGUUUGGCUUUGAGGCAAUUGAAUCAAAUGCACAAUGCAUCAUGUGCCAUCUCUGAAUUACAUCCAUUGGCUAAGGAGCUUGAAGAUCUUGUCCUAAUCUAUUCACUUGUGACUAUCUUACUUUCACUUGGUCAACUUCUCAUAGACGUUACAUUACCACUGUCCGAUGAUAUUGAAUACUUUGAUACUGUUCUUAAUUCGAGGCUUAAUUUGACUGUCUAUACUCUUCAGACAUUUCCUUCCAAUUUAGUUAAUCUGGCUGUUCAAUUGUUUCGAUUAGUUUCUGAAGAGCAUCAUGGAAUGAUCAGUAUUCCACAGGGGCUUCCCAAGAGCCUCGAAUACCUCUACAUUCAGUGGUCUCGCUGGAUUGUCCCUCUACCAAGUGUGAUCGUCAAUAAUAUGACUUCUUUUAUACAUUCACCAUCUACUUACAUGAUAAGAAAACAGCGUAGUUCUCAUCUACUUGCUAAAUCUGUCAUAGCGUCUUCUAUUGGUCUUCCGUUCAUCUUUUCUGUCUCUCAAUUGACCAGAAAGCGCAAGGCAUUGCUUGAUUUAAAGGAACGUAACGUCUGGAGGCUUGGUUUUCUUGUUGAUGAGUUGAUAUCUACAUUUGGACUUGAUAAUCAGCUGAUCGACCUUGAUUAUUCUGUUAUAUCCAAGUUAAAUGACUUUCUAGGCGACGAUAAGGAUUCAUUGUCGAUUAAACCAUCCUCCGGUGCAGCGGUUUCUUUACUCUAUGACAUAGUGUCAAAGAAAUAUCCACUCUUUAGAAGAAAUCUGAAGAUCACUUCCAGUCAGCGUCCAUCUUGGAUCACCAGAUAUUGGAUUGUGGCUCUUCUUGGUUCGAUGUACAUUCCAAAUCUCGUCACUUCGGUAUUCACCAAUAGGCAGGCCAUUGUAUCAUGGAUUAAGAUCAAUCUGAUUGAUACAGUAAUAGGGUUUUGGAAAAAUUGGAUUCUUCAACCUCUGCAAAAUGUUUUAAAGACCAUUCGUCACGAUGAUGACUCUAGAAUUGCUGUCAUGUCUAAACAGUCACUCAAUUCAGACUUGGAUUCAUUAGAACAGAUGGUAGUGGACUAUUGCAUCGACAAUUACCCUUCUUUCCACGAUGCUAGCCUAAGCAGUGACGAAAAAGGUGCUUUAAUCGAUCAGAUUAAGUAUCAGGUCAAGUCUGGAGAUAUGCACAUGGUGAUGAAGAUAUACGAAGAUAAUGUCAAGGCUCCUGUGAAAUCUCUCGUCUCUGGAAGCAUGCUACGCAAUUUACUCAUCCAGAUCCAGAAAACUAAGGUGGAUGGAGCUGUAGCUCUAGCUGGAAUUGACAAGAUUAUCCAAUCACAAGAAUUGGUCUUUGGAUUGGUUGCAGCUUCGCCUGCCUGUCUCUUCGUAUGCCUAGUCAAGUCAAUGGCUGCAUUGGAACGAAUUGAUAAACAUGAGAAAGAAUGGAAAGUCUGUAUUACCUACCUACCUAAGGAGCGAUUGGAUCCGAGACUUGAAUGA